GGACAUACCAGGGACAGCUAUGGAUUUCUCCAUGAGAGAUGAUGUUCCUCCGUUAGAUGAAGAAAUAGAAGAGGACAAGUCAUACAAUGGUGGAGGAAUAGGUUCUUCAAAUAGGAUAAUGGACUUCUUGGAGGAACCAAUCCCUGGUGUGGGAACCUAUGAUGAUUUUAACACAAUUGAUUGGGUGAGAGAGAAGUCUCGGGACCGGGAUAGACAUCGGGAGAUUACCAAUAAAAGCAAAGAGUCAACAUGGGCCUUAAUUCACAGCGUGAGUGAUGCUUUUUCUGGCUGGUUGUUGAUGCUACUUAUUGGGCUUUUAUCAGGUUCACUAGCUGGCUUGAUUGACAUCUCUGCUCAUUGGAUGACAGACUUAAAAGAAGGUAUAUGCACAGGGGGGUUCUGGUUCAACCAUGAGCACUGCUGCUGGAACUCCGAGCAUGUCACCUUUGAAGACAGAGAUAAAUGCCCGGAGUGGAACAGCUGGUCCCAGCUGAUCAUCAGCACCGAUGAGGGAGCCUUUGCCUACAUAGUCAAUUAUUUUAUGUAUGUCCUCUGGGCUCUUCUCUUCGCCUUCCUUGCUGUGUCCCUUGUGAAGGUGUUUGCACCUUAUGCCUGUGGUUCCGGAAUCCCUGAGAUAAAAACUAUCUUGAGUGGUUUUAUUAUUAGGGGCUAUUUGGGUAAGUGGACCCUGAUUAUCAAAACCAUCACAUUGGUGCUGGCUGUAUCUUCUGGUUUGAGCCUGGGCAAAGAGGGCCCCCUAGUGCACGUGGCUUGCUGCUGUGGGAAUAUCUUGUGCCACUGCUUCAACAAAUACAGGAAGAAUGAAGCCAAGCGCAGAGAGGUUUUGUCGGCCGCAGCAGCAGCUGGUGUGUCUGUAGCCUUUGGGGCUCCUAUCGGUGGAGUAUUAUUCAGCCUAGAAGAGGUCAGCUACUAUUUCCCCCUGAAAACGUUGUGGCGAUCAUUCUUUGCUGCGUUGGUAGCAGCAUUCACCCUGCGCUCCAUCAAUCCUUUUGGAAACAGCCGCCUGGUUCUAUUUUAUGUGGAGUUUCACACCCCAUGGCAUCUCUUUGAGCUUGUGCCAUUCAUUCUGCUGGGCAUAUUCGGUGGUCUGUGGGGAGCUCUGUUUAUACGCACAAACAUUGCCUGGUGUCGGAAGCGUAAGACCACCCAGCUGGGCAAGUAUCCUGUCAUAGAGGUCCUCGUCGUGACAGCCAUCACCGCCAUCUUGGCUUUUCCCAAUGAAUACACCCGUAUGAGCACAAGUGAGCUCAUUUCUGAGCUGUUUAAUGACUGCGGGCUUCUGGACUCCUCCAAGCUCUGUGAUUAUGAGAACCGUUUCAACACAAGCAAGGGAGGUGAAUUGCCUGACCGACCAGCUGGUGCAGGAGUCUACAGUGCGAUGUGGCAGCUGGCCCUGACCCUCAUCUUGAAAAUUGUCAUUACCAUUUUCACGUUCGGCAUGAAGAUCCCUUCUGGCCUCUUCAUCCCUAGCAUGGCUGUUGGUGCUAUAGCGGGUCGACUUUUGGGAGUAGGAAUGGAGCAGCUGGCUUAUUACCACCAUGACUGGGCCAUCUUCAAUAGCUGGUGUAGUCAGGGCGCUGAUUGCAUCACCCCUGGCCUGUACGCAAUGGUUGGAGCUGCUGCCUGUUUAGGUGGGGUGACACGGAUGACUGUUUCUCUUGUUGUCAUAAUGUUUGAACUAACGGGUGGCUUGGAGUACAUCGUACCUCUAAUGGCUGCAGCCAUGACCAGCAAGUGGGUGGCAGAUGCUCUUGGGCGGGAGGGCAUCUAUGAUGCCCACAUCCGUCUCAACGGAUACCCCUUUCUUGAAGCCAAAGAAGAGUUUGCUCAUAAGACCCUGGCAAUGGAUGUGAUGAAACCCCGGAGAAAUGCUCUGUUAACUGUCCUUACUCAGGACAGUAUGACCGUGGAAGAUGUAGAGACCAUAAUCAGUGAAACUACUUACAGUGGCUUCCCAGUGGUGGUGUCCCGGGAGUCCCAAAGACUUGUGGGUUUUGUCCUGCGACGAGAUCUCAUUAUUUCAAUUGAAAAUGCUCGGAAAAAGCAGGAUGGGGUUGUGAGUACUUCCAUCAUUUAUUUCACUGAGCAUUCUCCUCCAAUGCCACCGUAUACCCCGCCCGCCCUAAAGCUUCGGAACAUCCUGGAUCUGAGCCCCUUCACUGUGACUGACCUUACACCCAUGGAAAUCGUGGUGGAUAUCUUCCGCAAGCUGGGGUUGCGGCAGUGCCUGGUCACGCACAAUGGGCGACUGCUUGGCAUCAUUACCAAAAAGGAUGUUUUGAAGCAUAUAGCACAGAUGGCGAACCAAGAUCCUGACUCCAUUCUCUUCAACUAGAAUGACAGGGGUGGCUGGAUAUAAAAAGGAAAGACAUUGCAGACCAUGGAUAUAUUUUAUAGACUGGGUACCCAAAACACAUUUCCCAUGUUUGGAUGGUGAAGUUCUAUUAGUGUCUUGUCUCAUUCUUACAUGUUAACCAGUUGCACUACAUAAUCUCUGGAAAUUAAUCUUCUCUUUCGGAGAAUAUACAGUUAGGCUUCUGUGAUAUUGCUAGGAAGGUUUCAUGAAAGAGGAAACAAGAUUGCUAUGGAUUAAUUGUUUUUCUCUCUUUUUUUAAGAUUUUUAUUUUAGUUAAAUAAUUUCUAGCCAAUAUGCAAUCACUGAAAACUAUGCAAGAAAAAUUCCAACUGUCCUGACCUAUAUAGCCUGCAGGAAAGUCAUGAAAAAGUCACUUUUUUGGACUCUAACAGUCAUUGGUGGAAGAUGAAGUGUAAACUAAGUGGCUUUACUUUUCCAACCACAGAAAGGAAAGCCAGAAGGAAAAUAAUAAUGGUAUUUUCCAGACUGUGAAGAUACAGUUCAAAUGUUAUCUUGUUCCUGUUACAAUAUUAGCAUUAUUAGUUUGUGUAUGUUGUAUAUGUUAAUUUUAAUAUCUGAUUAUAAGACAAUGCUGCUUUGGUUAAUCUCCUCUAAAAGAGUUUAGAGAGGUUGAUUUUUAUAGCUUGCUUGUUCCUGGUACUCUACUGAAGUACACAGAGAUAAGUCAUAGAGCUUUCACCCUGUCUGCAAAAAGGGUAAAUUUCCAGAUGGUAUUUGUUAGCUAGUGGACAAGGACUUUGCAAUGAAUUCCUUAGUAGCAAGGAAUGGUUUCUUCAGCUUCCUUGAAAUGAAUGAUUAGUAAAAUUCUAAGCAAAGUCAGUGAUUAGGAAUUUAAUAUUUUGUAAGGUCCCAACUAGCCCUCUUACCCAGAUGCCACCUCCAUUAGCGAUGGUGCUUUAUAGGCUUCUGGAAUUGCGAGUAAAGGGAACCAAGUUUGGCCUGCAUACUGGUAAACCAGAGAUGAUCCUGAGCUCUGUCUGCAUUCUCAUGCAUUCCUCUGUAAAGACCACCAGUACUAAAAUAACUGGGCACUUGUGCUUCUUUCAACGUUACAUACGACUAAGAGGCCAGUGGUUUUCCAGUGAACAUGAAUUUAGGCUUGGGGUACUCUCAACUAUAUUCAAGGCAUUGAAAUAGGAUAGGCAGCUGUGAUUCCCUGAGGCUCCUAAGAAUUCUACAUAAAUUGCAGAGCCAUCCUAAGACCCAGGGACAUGGACAAGGCCCGGUGACACCAAAGGUGCUUGUAUCCAAUCGAAAAGGUGCCUGUCUCCAUUUCCCACCACCUUCACCGCACUGGAAAACAGUACACUAUCGGGACCCCUGGUGGAGUUACAGAGCCACCACCAUCAUUCCGACCACUGUUCUGUUUUUUACAGUUUACCCAUGGUGUCCUUCUGGCUCAGCCGUGGAGUAGAGGUGGGAUAAUCCACAGAACAGGUGCCUUCUGGUGAAUAAUCUAAUGUUGAUGAUACCUUGGAGUUGUUAACUGGCAGAUCAAAUAAUUUGUGGAUUGAACUGCUUGGUACCAGAGGGUGAAUCUGAACCCCUUACGUGAAGAGCAGAGCACAGUAUGAAUUUCUUUAGAAAGUCUUCAAUUCUGUUUGAACAUGAGAAUGAUAAUAAAAAUAAAUAGGGUGUGGUCUGAAGCUGAGAUGUCAUCUUCAACCAAGACCUUUUUAAACCUGUUCAGGUGUGGGGGGAGCAAAUGUUUUUAAAACCUUCACGUGUAAUAGACUCCAUCAUGGAAAGUAAUCAUUGCUGUUAUGUUUUAAGUAUUGCAAUCAACUUACCCUUUUGAUUCUUAAUCUUAGUUUGUUUUAUUAGGUGAUGAGUAGGAAAGUGUACUUGUUAUUCUACAGUAUCCUUGUUUUUUUUAAUAAACCAUAGAGUGCAAUUUAUGAAGUUGAGUUUUUAAUGAUAGUGAAGACAAUUUUGAGACUUUGAAAUGGCCAGUGUGUUUUUUAUUAUCACAGUACUUAAGUCUGACCACCUUGUACUGUGAGGGGUGAGUUUAUUUACACUGGAUCAGAGCCAAAUACAGGCCACCUCUCAGUUCAGAGAAAGCAGGAGUGCAUCUUCCAUGAUGGUGCAUAGAGUAGUGAGCUUUUUUUUUUUUUGAAAGAUUUAUUUAUGUAUACAGAGUUGGGGUACAGGCGAG